AUGAAAAUGACUGAGAAACAGAUUAGUUUGCCUGCUAAGCUCAUCAAUGGAGGAGUUGCUGGGAUCAUAGGUGUUACUUGUGUAUUUCCAAUUGACUUGGUUAAAACCAGGCUACAGAAUCAAAGAAGUGGACAGCAAGUCUACAAAAGCAUGUUGGAUUGUCUAGUGAAAACCUUACAUUCAGAAGGCUAUUUUGGCAUGUAUAGAGGUGCAGCGGUGAACUUGACCCUUGUAACACCUGAGAAGGCUAUCAAACUGGCUGCUAAUGACUAUUUUAGACACCUUCUUGCCAAAGAAGGGGCAGGUCUGUCUUUAUCUAAAGAGAUGUUAGCAGGCUGCGGUGCUGGAGUUUGUCAAGUCAUUAUCACCACUCCUAUGGAGAUGCUAAAAAUCCAGCUGCAGGAUGCAGGGAGACUAGCAUCUCAGCAAAUUGUGAGCCGAGUUUCUUGUUCCACUUCUGGAUGCAAUCUUGUAACGGUCAACCCUAUCCUGACUAGAGCAUACAAUGUAGGACCUGUGGUUACCCCAAGGAAUAUAUCUGCUACCCAAAUAGCAACUGAGCUUCUACAAACUCAUGGCAUCAAAGGACUCUAUAAGGGUCUCGGAGCCACUUUAUUGAGGGAUGUUCCAUUCUCUGUCAUCUAUUUCCCACUGUUUGCCCAUUUGAAUAGAGUAGGACAAGAUUCAUUGGAGGGGAGAACAAGCUUCUUUCACUCUUUUCUUGCUGGGUGCAUAGCUGGCUCAGUGGCAGCUGUAUCUGUGAACCCCUGUGAUGUAAUAAAGACUCGUCUUCAGUCAAUGGGCAAAGGACGAAAUGAGGAGAAUUACAGUGGCAUUGUAGAUUGUUCAAGGAAGAUUUGGAUGAAAGAAGGUCCUUCAGCCUUUUUAAAGGGUGCUAGUUGCAGAGCUCUUGUCAUUGCACCUCUCUUUGGCAUAGCUCAAGUAGUUUAUUUCAUUGGGUUUGGAGAAUUUUUCAUAAAUCUAUUCCAGAAUGGAAAACUGUCCCCAUAG